AGUUGAUCGUGAACUGCAGCAGGCGAGAGAUCGAACAUUUACUAGUUGCCCAAAAAUGUCCAAAGAAGAGUCCAAGUAUGGUUUCAAAGACAAAGCCAAGGCCGAGGAGACGCUGGAGCUGCUCAAAAGUGAAGAUCACAAGUACCAAGCCCUAACGGUUCGUGGCCUGCUGGGACGGGCCAAACGUGUGCUGACUCUAACGAAAGCCGAAGAGAAGGUCAAGAACAUCAAGGAGGCCAUCAAGGUGUUCGAAAACUGGAUCGGAGAAAACACCAACAGCAGUACCAAGAAUGCCAAGCCCAAGGAAGCCGAGGAGAAGGUCGAAACGGUAGCCGGUCUGGGAUUCAAGGAUAAGGAAGCGGCAGAGAAGACUCUCAAAAUCCUUGAAGGCCGCGAUCCAGACUACCAAAAGCUUGCCAUCAAAGGCCUACUGGGCAGCGCCAAGCGUGUUCUUCCGUCCACCAAGAAUGAAGAUAAGAUCAAAGCCAUCAAGGAGGCCAUGGAAACGUUUGACGAUUUCCUGGAAACCUUCGACAGCGAAGAACGGUCCAAGCAGAACAUGGCCUAUCUGCCACUGGAUUUGAUUAAAUCUCUACCGGGAAAACCAUCCGACGAACUAACAGCAGAAUUCGUGGAAUGCUAUGACACGGUAGCCAAGGGCAACUACAAACAUCUGCGAACAAAGUUUCCGGAAGACGACGACAGCACCAGUUGGGAUAUCAUCCGUAACAGGAAACUACUUAAGCUGAAGGAAAAGGUUAAGGAAAGCGGUGAAAAGCUGUUCGAUUCCGAUGGAAAGCCAACGGAGGUGCACUUGAAGAUGAUCUACUGGGCCUACAGUCCCAAUGUGGACAAACUGAAGACGUACUGUACAAAGCUAGCGAAGUCUGGCGGUGGAAAGAAGCGAUCGCAUUCCUCGUCCGAAAGCGACAGCGAUGAAGAGGUCGAGGAUACUAAGAAGUCGAAGAAGUGAACUGAAAUGUUUUCUGUAGGUUGAAAGGGUGGAGGAAUAAAAUAAAAUCU